AUGUUGGACAACGAUCACCACUAUGGAUCUAACAUGUUUGCAUCACCCCAAAUGGAAACUCAGAACCCCUUCAGCAGUAACUCCCAUUCCCUCCUGCUUGUAGCCCCUGAAGCCCCCUGUGCCACACCCUUGAUCUGCAGCUUCGGGCGGCCGGUUGACCUGGAGAAAGACGACUACCAGAAGGUGGUGUGUAACAAUGAGCACUGCCCCUACAGCACCUGGAUGCACCUGCAGUGUUUUUAUGAGUGGGAGAGCAGCAUCCUAGUCCAGUUCAACUGCAUCGGCCGGGCACGCAGCUGGAACGAGAAGCAGUGCCGCCAGAACAUGUGGACAAAGAAGGGCUACGAUCUGGCCUUUCGCUUCUGCUCCUGCCGCUGUGGGCAAGGCCACUUAAAGAAGGACACAGACUGGUACCAGGUGAAACGGAUGCAGGAAGAGAAAAAGAAGAAAUCUGGGUUGGAGAAGAACACAGGGAAGCCCCUGGGUGAGGGCAUGGAAGAGGCGAAAAAGUGCAGGCCACAGAACAAGCCCCCGAGAGGCCUGAACCAUGAUCUCCCCCGGCGGCAUUCCAUGGACCGGCAGAACUCCCAGGAAAAGGCAGGCAGUGCCGCGGCCUACGGUGCCCGCUCCCCCUGCGGCUCCCCUGGCCAGUCCCCACCCACAGGCUACUCCAUCCUCUCCCCUGCCCACUUCAGUGGCCCCCGAUCCUCAAGAUACCUUGGGGAGUUCCUAAAGAAUGCCAUACAUCUUGAGCCUCACAAAAAGGCCAUGACUGGGGCCCACGUGUUCAGAAGUGCCCACUUUGAUUAUAGUCCAGCCGGGUUAUCUGUCCACAGAGCAGGGCACUUUGAUGCUCCUGUGCAGUUUCUACGGCGGCUCGACCUCUCUGAGCUGCUCACACACAUCCCCAGACAUAAGCUGAACACUUUCCAUGUGCGGAUGGAAGACGAUGCCCAAGUGGGCCAGGGUGAGGAUCUGCGGAAGUUCAUUCUCGCAGCCCUCAGUGCCAGCCAUAGAAAUGUCGUGAACUGUGCUCUGUGCCACCGGGCGCUCCCAGUGUUCGAACAGUUCCCACUGGUGGAUGGGACUCUGUUCCUCAGCCCGUCGAGACACGACGAGAUUGAAUAUGAUGUUCCUUGUCACCUUCAAGGGAGACUCAUGCACCUGUACGCAGUGUGUGUGGACUGCCUGGAGGGGGUGCACAAGAUCAUCUGCAUCAAGUGUAAGUCCCGGUGGGACGGCAGCUGGCACCAGCUAGGCACCAUGUACACCUACGACAUCCUGGCCGCCUCGCCCUGCUGUCAGGCCCGCCUGAACUGUAAGCACUGCGGGAAGCCCGUGAUUGACGUGCGCAUUGGGAUGCAGUACUUCUCCGAGUACAGCAACGUCCAGCAGUGUCCACACUGUGGGAACCUGGACUACCAUUUUGUGAAGCCAUUCUCCUCCUUCAAAGUCCUCGAAGCUUAUUGA